UACCAGAAGAUGUGGAGAGAAUGAAAGGGGAAGGAGAGGAAGGGAACAGAGAGGGGGGAGUGUGAAACAGAGAAAAAGGGGUGCACUCUAACAGAAAGAGGAAGAGAGAGCAGAGAGAGGAAAGCAAAACUGAGGUUGCUGACACUGUGAGAGAAUAUUUAUUUUCUCAAAACCUUGUUAAAGUGGGAUUUUCUUCAACCUGAAUUCAACAGUAAAACAGAUUUAAUCUCAGACUGAUUCUUCUGACGGGACUAGUUUUAUUAGGAUCCUACUAGUUGUCUGGUGUGGAUAUAAUAUCAGUCUGUCUUUGAGAUGGAGUCCAGAACUCUUCUACUUAUUCUGGGUCUUAAUUUCAGUCUACUGGGGAACCUAGAGGCCAGAGAUUGUCCCUGGGGCUUCAUAGCCAAAGGGAGAACACUGUGUGUUGAUAUAGAUGAGUGUAAAGAGUGGGACAGUAACCCACCCUGUGGAAGUAAUGCUGCAUGUUACAACACACAGGGGAGCUUCUACUGUCAGUGUAUACCUGGGUUCAUAUCCACAACGACUUUCCAGUUUACUGCUCUCACUGGGGAGUGUAAGGACCUCGAUGAGUGUCAGGGGAAACUACAGGUUUGUACCAGCAACGCCAUUUGCCUCAACACCAUCGGGAGCUUCAACUGCCAAUGCAAACCUGGUUUCAGAUUCUCUGCUUAUGCUGGGCACUGUGAAGACAUCAAUGAGUGCCAGGAGACACCUCAGGUUUGUGGCAGCAACACCAGUUGCCUCAACACCUUCGGAAGCUACCACUGCCAGUGCCAACCUGGGUUCAGAUUCUCUAAUCACACUUUGAAGGACUGAUGGAAAUUCCAAUAUCAAGUUUUCUGAUGAGUUUACCAAUGAUUGUGUCACGUCUGCUCCUGCUCCCCCUCUCUGACGCUCGAGGUUGCCAGACGGCUCAUCAUUACUCACACUGCUCACCAUCGUUACGCGCCCCAGCACUUCAUCGGACUCACCUGGACUCCAUCACGUCAUUGAUUAUCUACCCUAUAUCUGUCACCCCCUCCAGUUAAUUUUCCGCAUCUGCAUUGAUGUUGUUUUGUUUCUCCUGUCCUGUUAUUUACCAUGAUGCCCUAGGAACAGUGGGUUAACUACCUUGUUCAGGGGCAGAACAACAUAUAUAUUUAUCUUCCAGCUCCAGGUAUUUGAUCUAGCAACCAUUCGGUUAUUGUCCCAAUGCUCUAACCACUAGGCUACUGCCGCCCCUUAGGAUACCUAUCUCCCUGCUGUUAACCUCUCUUGGGUAGGGGGCAGUAUUUUCACCUCCGGAUGAAAAGCGUGCCCAAAGUAAAUUGCCUGUUACUCAGGCCCAGAAUUUAGGAUAUGCAUAUAAUUAGUAGAUUUGGAUAGAAAACACUCUACAGUUUCCAAAACUGUUAAAUAAUAUGCCUGUGAGUAUAACAGAACUGAUAUGGCAGGCGAAAACCUGAGAAAAAUACAUCCAGGAAGUGGAAUUGUUUUCAUGUGGCUGUUUUUCAACUCAAUACCAAUAGAGAAUCCAAUGGGUUAGGAAAAAAAAACUCAGGCUCAAACGCAGUCAAAACAGGCUGACAAAAAAAUCCAAAUUGUAUCCGUAAAGUUCAUAGAAACAUGUCAAACAAUGUUAAUUUUCAAUCCUCAUGUUGUUUUUAGCCUAAAUUAUCUAUAAUAUUUCAACCGGACAAUAACAUUGUCAAUAUAAAAGGUAAACAGGAAAUGCACUCUCGGGAUUGCGCAUGAAAAAGCUCUGCGACAGGGUAGGGUCCACUCAUUCAGACUGGUGUUACUCCCUCAUUUAUAAGAAUACAAGCCUGAAACAAUUUCUAAAGACGGUUGACAUCUAGUGGAAGGCAUAGGAACUGCAAAUGGAGUCCUAAAUCAAUGGAUACUGUAAUGGCAUUGAAUAGAAAACUACAAAAUCCCCCCCAAAACUACUUCCUGAAUGGAUUUUUCUCAUUCGCCUGCCAAAUCAGUUCUGUUUUACUCAGAGACACUAUUUUAACAGUUUUGGAAACUUUAGAGUGUUUUCUAUACAAAUCUACCAGUUAUAUGCAUAUCAUAUCUUCUGGGCCCGAGUAGCAGACUGUUUAAUUGUGGGAAUGCUUUUCAUCCAAAAUUCUGAAUGCUGCCCCCUACCCUGGAGAGGUUAAGAAAUGUACUGAAACCCCCAGUGUAAACCUUGUACACAAAAUGUUUGAAAUGUUUGAAACGUCUUUUAAUAUUGAUUAUGAAGUACGGGGAAAGAAUGGGGAAAUAAACACUCACUUAAUAGGGUUGAAUGACCUCCGACCUCUAUUCUGACUUUCUGGUGAGGCCUAAUCACCCUCACUAGAAAGGCUAGAGACAUUGGGUGAGAUUUAAAUGUAAGAUGCAAACACUGAUAAUUAGUGAGAAGAUUAUAAAUUAAAUCAGAUGGGUCACAUACACAUGUUUUAUCAAUAGUCCUAUGUGUGAUUCAGACCAUGAGGAGGAGAGAGAGAGAGAGAGAGAGAGAGAGAGAGUGCUGCCCCUGAAUGAGGGAAACCUGUCUCCAGUCCAUAUUAUUAUAUAUUGAAUUACCUUAUGGGAUACAAUUAUUUCCUUAUGGAGUUAUCAAGGUAUGUCAUUUGAUUGUAUUUGUUAUUCUGAUUUGUUUAUUGUUAACUUAACCGGCAGUGUUGUUGUUGUUUUGGACACAUAAAACACGAUGUGAGUCAUGUGUCAAAAGGGAAGAAGUGUAUUGUGGUUGUUGUUCUUGGUUGUUGUUUGAAUUGUGGUUUUUGUUUUGUUUGUUGUAUGAUGUUUUGUUUGUUUUGUUUUUGUCUUGCUUCAACAAAAUAAAUCUCUCCAGAUUGGUUCUGCUGUCGGGAUUUCUCCCUAAGGGUUAGCCCUCUACCAAACCUGACCCUGUAACUCUGCAGUGAGGUCGUCAAUGUUACAGGAGUAUAAGCCAAUUUGAUAAAAUGGUUUUAACAGUGUGUUGUUAUUCUAUUUGACAUUUGUCUUAGACAUUUCUAUUAAGAAUAUUGGCAGUGGUAAUAAUUUGUUAUUCAGUAAAUAGUUUGUCUGGUUUCAGGCUUUUAUUUUGAAAAACGAUGUGUUAAAAGCCAUUUUAACAAUUAUAUAUUUUUUUACAAUAGUUAUCACAGUGUAAUACAUGGAGAGGAGGGAAAGUGAGGGAAAAUGCUGCAGUCUGAAGAGGUAGCAUUGAAUUGUACACAGCAUCUCCUCUCACUCUAUCUUGGUUCAUGCAGGUGACUGUGACCUCCUCCUCAGACCAAUUGACAGUACGCCCAGAACAUUGUUCUGGGUUCCAAAAGGAGUAUCUCAGUUUCAAGGUCCCAGAUUUGAGAGAAGAAACCUUGUUAGUUAUCAGUCAGUCAGUCACUUGCAGGAACCAACUUAGAUGAUGAAUAAUGAAUAAUUUAAAUCAUGCCUAUAUGAAUUGUUUGGGUAGCCGUAUAUUAGAGAACUAACGGGACUGUCCCGGCAGAGCUCCUGACCGAUGUGUACUAUGUUGCAUUAAGUUUGUUGGAACCUCUCCAGCUUUCUGAUAAUAAAGAAUUAAUCACUUAAAUUUGA